AUCCGUCAAACAUGUCCCUUCUCCUCUGCCGUACUCUGCUUCCGCGCAUGCUCACCGUCAGCCGAGAGCUCAGCAGGAUCCGCGGAGCCGCAUGAAGAGGAAGAAAAGGAGAAAAAGAAAAGAAACAGUGAAAGAAAAAGGAGUAAAAACAGGAGAACAGAGAGAGACGGAGGAGGGAUGAACCAGCUGGAGCGGUAAGACUAGAAUGUAACCCGGUAAAUAUCCGGAACGAAGCCGGAGCUAACGGCUAACAGCUAACAGGCUCCGAUCUGAAUCAUUGAAACAAAGUUCGGAGAUAAACUGUUAAAAUCAGAGAGAAAUGACCGAAAUAAGAGUCAUUUUAUACAUUAAACUCCAGCUUUAGUUGAUAAACACGGUCUUUAAUCGGUGAAAUCUUUAGUAGAGUCUGCAGGAGGAGAAAAAAGAGACAGAAACACGAAUAAAAAUCAACUUUAAAAGAGUUUUAAUGAUCAGAGUCUUACUUUCAUAAAUUACGGCGCAAUUAAAGGAUAAAACGGUCUGUAACUGAGGAGGAAGAGCAUACAGAGGGACUUACAGGAGAGAAUACAGGACUGUGGGAGAUAAGGUUGGUUAUCGUUUGAUUUUGAAUGAUUCCGAUUCCGAUCGAUUCUCUAUUCCGAUUUUUUUCAAAGGCAGGAUAUUUUAAAAAAUCAUGGUUUAAAUGAAGGCGCUAACCGGAGAUAAACUUAGACAAACUUUUGACCUCAGAUGCUGUGGGUUGGAAUGCACUCUCUCUCUCUCUCUGUGGCGUCUUCCUCAUCGGUGUUUGGCGGAUAUUUCUUCCAGACUCCGGCAUAGAAACUUGGAAUUGAAAUGGUAAAAUUUGAACAGUUCCAGGAGAAUCAGAAUGUCAGUCCAGGUCCCAUCGAUGCUCGAGACUGGAUACCCAUCCCUAGUGGUCGAUAACUUUGUCAUGUGAUGUGAGCUGAACCGUCUGCAGCUCAGUGAGACAAAAACUAAAGAGCUGAUGGAUCUGAGGAGGAACCAAACACCUGUGACCCUGUUUCCAUCUGGGGGGGUCCCAGUGGACACUGGAGGAGCACCAGUACCUAGAAGUGGACUUCAACAGUAAACUGGACUGGACCAGGAACACUGAGGACGUCUACAGGAAGGGUCAAAGGUCAAAGCGGACUCCGUUUCCUGAGGAGGUUGAGGUCCUUCAACAUCUGCAGGACCAGGAUGAGGAUUUUGAUGAGUCUGCUGUGGACCAGGUCUCCACCCUCUCCACAGUGAACUGGUCCUUCAGAGAGACGAGGACCUCCAGCUGAAGGUUCCUCGCUCCACGAUGAACCACAGAGCGCCACAGGAGAUCUUUCCUGGUGGUCAUCAGAGACUUUAGCUCCUCCCUCAGAGACUCGGACACCCUCAGUCUUUACCUGGACUCUGCUCACUGUCUUACUGUUUGUGUUGUUUAUAGUGUAAAAAAUCUAUCUCCUCUUUAUUGUUUUUACACUGGAGUUACUGAGGAUUCUUAAAGUGUUUCUGAUUCUGUUUGUGUUUCAGUUCGAAGGACGAGGAGGAGCUGGAGGAGUCGGACAGUCACCAUGACAACAACGACGGGACCAACAACAACAACAACAACAACAGACGCAAGGUGAGACGAGAGACGAGCGCCGACAUGAGACCAGGAGGACGGAGACAACGCUGAGACUGUGUCCUCUGAGUCAAAGGAAAAGCUAAAACAGAAACUUAAAUAGAGGAGGACGAGUGAGUCUACAACAGGAGAGAGGAGGAGGAGGAGGAGAAGGGAGAGAGAGAGAGAGAGAGGAGGAGGCAGAUGUUUGUGUCUGAAAAUCAGGGACAGAAUGAGCGUAAAUAGAGAGACUGUAGAUGAUGACGAGUGUGAAGGACUUUAGAGGUCCACAUCAUGGUGGGUCUGACGAUGGUUCAGGACUUUGGGGAUCCAGAGUGUGACUCUAACCUCUCUCUCUCUCUCUCUCUCUCUCUCUCUCUCUCUCUCUCUCUCUCUCUCCCCCUCCCCCUCUCCCCCUCAGACGGUGAGUCCAGGUGCAGGUGAACACCCUCUUCAGUACAACUACACCUUCUGGUACAGCAGAAGAACUCCGAGUCGGCCGGCCAGUUCUCAGAGCUACGAACAAAACAUCCGACAGAUCGGCACCGUGGCAUCGGUAAUAACACACACACACACACACACACACAAACACACACAGACACACACACACACACACACACACACUCACACACACACACGUUAGUUUUUUCAGUAUUUAAGGAUCAUUUAUCGACGUCAAACCAGAGUCUCGUUUUUUCGUUUCUUUUCCGACCUUCUCCUCCGACAAACAUUCUCGAUUUUCUCCGAUAUAAAAAAGUUUUUAUUAUCAGUAAAAAGAACAAAUUUUAACAGAUUUCAGACGUUAAAAAUAUGAUUUAUAAAAUAAACGGUUUUGGUCCCAGACCUGACCCCUGAGGAACCCCUCAUGUUAUUUUUUUCUGUUUUCUGAAGAACCUGUAACUCAGUGAUGCCCCCCCCCCCCCGAGACCGUAUCUGCAGAGUUCUUUAGGAAGAGUCCCGCCCUCAGGUGUUGACAGGUGUGACUCUGUCCUCUGUGUCUUCAGGUGGAGCAGUUCUGGAGGUUCUACAGUCACCUGGUCAGACCGGGUGACCUGAGUGGACACAGUGACUUCCACCUGUUCAAGGAGGGAAUCAAACCCAUGUGGGAGGUAAACCCCGCCCCCUGUUUAAGUGACAUCAUAGUCCUGCUCAUGAACCCGUCUCUCACCCGUCUCCCUCUCUCAGGACGAGUCGAACCGCAGCGGGGGGAAGUGGAUCAUCCGUCUGCGUAAAGGUUUGGCGAGUCGUUUCUGGGAGAACAUCAUCCUGGCGAUGUUAGGAGAGCAGUUCAUGGUGGGAGAGGAGAUCUGUGGAGCCGUGGUGUCCAUACGCUUUCAGGUAAUACUGCAGUACUCCUACUCUACCUGCAGUAACAGGUAACAUAAAUAUCAGAGUUAAAGAACAGUAUAAGAUCCUCAUUAUUAAUUAACAUUUAUAUGACGUUUCCAGGUCACUUUGUCAUCCAUUAUUACACCUAAGAACUUAAAUUCUGACACUCUCUGAAUAAGAACUCCAUCGAUACGUAACCAAACAUUUACCUCUUUUUUCUGAUCACCAAAAACCAUCAACUUAGUUUAUUUAUAUUUAAAAAGUUUCGUUUAACCAUUUUAUUUUCUAAGCUUUUUGCAAGAGUUUUUAAAGAGUUAUCUGCAAAUAAUACAAACUGUGAUAAUUUUGACACUUCUUAUAUGUAAUUGAUAUAUAAAUAAAACUGAGCCUUGUGGGACUCCACGUUCAGAAAACUGCACAUAUUGUUUUAAAUAUCUUUGUAACCAACAGAAAACAACACCUCUCACACCAAACAAGCAAACGUCCUCCGUCUCUUCUGUCCUCCUCAUCACUGACGGGAGUAACGGGACCUUUAGGAACUUAAAAACAUGAACCGGACUCUCGGGUCCAGAUGGAGCUGCAGAGUUUCCUGAAUAUUGAUCUUUAUUUUGGUCUCUGAAUCAUUAAGAGACGAUGAUUCUGAAAACCUAAGAACCUAAAUAUUGGGCUUCACCUCACAUCAUUCAGCUGAACUUUAGGACAACCUGAUGAUGUGAAACCUUCGUAAACCUUAGGGGCGGUUUAAUGUGCGUGUCAUUUUUUCUUCUAUGACCCGUUUUCACUCUCAGGAAGACAUCCUGUCGAUCUGGAACAGAACAUCCAACGAUCAGAUGACGACGUCCAGAAUCCGAGACACGUUAAGACGAGUACUGAACCUCCCGACCAACACCAUCAUGGAGUACAAGACCCACAACGACAGCCUCAGGUAAUGAGACGAACGUACAACCAGGUCUGUGGUCUCCAUGGAGACGCUGGGAUUCUGGGCUGAUGGACUGGUUUGUCAGGGAUUCUGGGCUCAGAGGUUACCGGGUUCAGAACAAGAUCAGACAAAUUCAAAGAUCUGUGUUCAGGUGUUCGUGCCGUGGGGGGGGGGGGGGGAGAACGAGGACCCAGGAUGGGACCCUGGGGGACUCCCACAGGACUCCACAUGGUCCUGACAUUUUCACCAGAGCCGGAGAACUGUCAGGGAACAGAGAGGAGAGUCCAGGUCCUGGAAGAUCCGAUGGUUCUGGGUAUCAGACGUCGGUGAAUCAGCACAGGGACAUUAAAGCGUGGCAGAAUCCUGGUAGAAAAUGAAGCAGGGGGUUUGUGUCAGAUCCAGAGGGUUUGUCUAGUGGGUCCAUAUCAGGGUGUUCUGGUCGGGAUACAGCAGGGUGUUCUGGGGGUGGUAAGACGGGCCUUUCAUGGGGAUGAAGCAGAUUCUGGUGGGGGUGGAAGUUCUGUUUGAGGGAUUGUAACAGGAUGUUCUCCUGAAGGUUACUCUGGUGAUGGUCCAGUUUGUUGGUGUUUCUGGGGACUAACAUUAUCUUCUGUUAUGGAUAGAGCAGGUUCUAGAAGGUUCGGGUGGGCCUACAGAAGGUUCUAGGAGGUUGGGUCUACUCGGUUGCUCCGAUAACAGAACAGGAUGUUGUUUUCGUUGGUAUCCAGAUCUUAGUUCUGUCGGGAACACACUGAGCCGGAUCCACUGAUGGGGAUACAGUGUUCUGUGUUCUGGUUGGGGUUCAGCAGGUUCUGAUUGGGUUCUUAAGAGCUUGCAGCAAGUUGUUCUGGUUGAGAUCCAGCAUUCGUUUCCAGUCAGGUCUGGCGGGGGUUGUACUCAAUGUCCUGGCCUUUGACAGAACCAGAACCAGAUUAGUUCAGAUCCAGCCUAUAAAAAACCAGAACCGGAUCCUGGAGAUCAGAUUCUCUGUUUGUGUUUCAGGGACAACUCGAGCUUUAGGAACACGAAGAUCUCCCUCUGAAGACAGAUGUGCCAGCUGACUGUCCUUGUGACCAACCGAGACACCGACCACCCUCUCUGCUGUGUGUGUGUGUGUGUGUGUGUGUGUGUGUGUGUGUGUGUGUGUGUGUGUGUGUGUGUGUGUGUGUGUGUGUGUGAGAUUCUCAUAAAUUGUCAAUAAGCAGGAGGAAAGAAAGUUUCUUGGAUCUUUAAACCUGAUGAGUACUAUAACCAGUAUAACCAGUAAAGACCAGUAUAACCAGUACCAUGGGUGCUGGUCAGAGUUUGGACGGUCCAGAGUUUUGUAUUUUUGGUGCGUUGUUGUUUCAUUGGUGUAAAUAAAACUGAAUCUUGUUAAAUUUUGGUUCUACUUCUGCAUCUUGUCAAAUAAAUGAAUGUGGUUCACUCAGAGGGU